CUGGGCAGCUCAGAGUCCUGUGCAGCUACCUGCAAGCAGAGUCCAGAGGAGCUAAGCAGAAAAGACCUUCUUCUAGUGUUGUGCUAUAGAGAAGACUAAAACACUUAUAUCUCUGGAACCCAUACUGCUGACAGAUUCUGUUCUUCGAACGUGAAGACUCCUGAGCUCUGCAAUAGAACGUUGCGACCUGUAGAGAUUCAUCAGAAACCAGAACAAGCAUCCAGAGCAGCGCAGGCUCAUAACUCCCAGACCUACCUUGGACAAAGCAGCCACUAGCUCUGACUGGACCUGGAGAUGGCAUCUGAAGCCCUGGAGAUCCUGGCUCUGUCUCUGUGCAUCCUGGGCUGGGUGGGGGUGAUCAUGGCCUGUGGGCUGCCCAUGUGGCAGGUCUCUGCUUUCAUAGAGAACAACAUCGUGGUGGCUCAGACGAUCUGGGAAGGUCUGUGGAUGUCCUGCGUGGUGCAGAGCACUGGCCAGAUGCAGUGCAAGGUGUAUGACUCCAUCCUAGCCCUGAGCCCGGAGCUGCAGGCUGGCAGGGCUCUCACCGUGCUGGCCUCCAUCGUGGGGCUCAUCGGGCUGCUGGUCACCGUGGUGGGCGCCCAGUGCACCACCUGCUUCCAGGGCAAGAGCUUGAAGACCCGAGUGGUGUUCGCUGGGGGCAUUAUUUACAUCGUGUGUGGAAUCCUGGUGCUCAUCCCUCUCUGCUGGAUCGCCAACAUCGUAAUCAGGGAAUUCUUCGACCCCCACGUCCCCCCUUCCAAGAAGCGGGAGAUGGGGGCAGCGCUGUACGUGGGGUGGGCUGCCACUGCCCUGCUGCUACUCGGCGGCAUCCUGCUGUGCACCUCCUGCCAGAUUAAAGGGCAAGGCAGCAUGCCUGUAAAGUAUGCACCCCCCAGGAGACCCCUCACUGCCAACGGGGACUACGACAAGAAGAACUACGUGUAGAAAAAGACCUGGGACACUCACUGCUGGAGAGAGCACUCAGACACGAACUCACUGGCAUUGCCCUCUCAUCCUCUGGGUCUCUCUAUCUGCACUGACUGUCUAUUUCCCUGUUAUCAGACAUGGGUUCCCUCACAGCAGCUUUCUCAGGAUGCUCAGUACUGAUCCACAUCCAUGCCAGGUGACAAUGACCUAACAUUGCUUGGGAUGACCUGGGAUAAACUGAGGGCAUUUGGUGUCCUUGCAGACUGGGAGCGAUGUCUGAAGAAGUUAACACAAUGGACAAGGUGAUGGCCUGACUAGAACUAUAUACCACCGUACAGUAUAUGCAUUGACCUAUAUAGUGAGAGGGGCAUUAACUUUAUGUGCCAUUCAUUUAUACAGGAGCAGUCUUACUAGAGGGGGGAUUAGCUGUCACAAGGUGCCUUAAUUACCCACCCACCAUACAAGGUGCAUUACUUACCUACCCACUUAACAUACAUGGUGCCUUAAUGACCCAACCACCUAUUAUUACAAGGUGCCUCAGUUACCCACCCAUCUACCAUAUAAGGUGCCUUACAUACUCACCCACCUUCUAUUACAAGGUGCCUUCAUUACCCAUCUACCUACCAUACAAGGUUCUGAACGGUUAAGGCGGUAACGUGGCUAAAGCCUGUAAGUUGACCUCACAGGUCGCAUUUUGUGCAGUUUAAGGAGGUUCAACGUAGAUACGCAUAAAGUGAUAUUUUUUUUGUUCGUUAGCAUAUCAAAUGUAUAAUAUAUAUAUGUUAUAUCUAUGGCAUUUUUAUUAUGAGAACGUUGUUUAAAUUUGUCCUUAUUACACCUUAAACUUCUGUCUGGUUUAAAAAAAGUGCAUAUCUCCCUGGCCAACAAAAUUCAGUAAGUGCUAAUCUAAAUCUUUAAAUGUAAUUUAGGUAAAAGGCAAGUUUUUGAUUUUUACCAUCAUGAUAAAAGGGACGUCUUUAUCAAACCUGUGUUAAGGUGUAGCUGGGAGAAAUGUAAGCGACUUUUCUCUAAUUGGAAAACUUACAGCAAUGCCAUGGAGAUGACAGAAUAUUAUAACAUAAUGCAAAAAUAAAUAAAUAUAUAUAUACGAUUGAUGUUUAUACUCUGAGCAAUAACUCUCAAGGCUGCCUUACAACUGCCUGCUUUUAGAGCUGAUUGGUCACUGCUCUUGUGAAUAAUGUAGUCUUUUCUGAGUUGU